AUGUUCGCCAAGGCCACCAUUGUUUCCAUCCUUCUCGCUGGUGCCGAGCUCGUCUCGGGCCACGCUGCCAUCAUCAACGCCGUUGGCGACGCUGGCGGUGUUGGCAUGGCUCUCGGUGUCGACACUGCCACUCCCCGUGACGGAACCCGACGCAACCCCUUCCAGCAGGAUGCCACCCGCUUCCGUGGUGCCUCCAAGGAGACUGUCGGCGAGACCCUCGCCGGAGGCACCAACAACGUCCAGGCCGGUACUCAGGCCAUUAUGGCUGAGACUGGCUCCGAGCUUCCUCAGGUUUCCGCUGGUGGUAAACUCGAGAUGACCCUUCACCAGGUCAACGGUGACGGUGCCGGCCCCUACACCUGCAAGAUCAACUCGGACGGCACUGCAGCUCAGUGGACCUCCAUCCAGGUUGCCACCCAGGUUCCGGGCCGCAACUCCCGCAACCGGGACGGUGCCCAGACUGACUUCCCUCUUGUCGCCUCUAUCCCUGCUUCCCAAACAUGCACUGGUACCGUCGCUGGUCAAGAGAACGUCUGCCUUGUCCGCUGUGAGAACGGCGCUCGCGCUGGUCCCUUUGGCGGUAUCGUUCCUGUCCAGAUGGCCGGUGCAGGUGCCGGUGCCGGAGCUGGUGCCGGUCGCAACGGCACUGCUCCCGCUGGCGCUGAGCGCCGCAACGCUCAGGCUCUGGCUCGCCGGGCCCUUGCUCGCGACAUUGUCCGCCGCGAGGCUCUCCUGCGCAAGGUCAUGAAGCGGGCUAUGAUCGAGACCGAGGAGGACAUUGAGGAUGACGAGGAGUAA